AUGCGAGAGCACUGCGCCAAGGCCAAGAAGCAGCCACAUCCGCAGCACACCACAGCCGGCGGAACUUCCGUGGGCCAGAGAAGGCGAACCAAUACCAAUACCAAUACCAAUACCAAUACCAAUACCAAUACCAAUACCAAUGCCAAUACCUAUCCCAAUACCAAUACCAAUACCAAUACCAAUACCAAUACCAAUACCAAUACCAAUACCAAUGCCAAUACCUAUCCCAAUACCAAUACCAAUACCAAUACCAAUACCAAUACUAAUACCAAUACCAAUACCAAUACCAAUACCAAUACCAAUACCAACACCAAUGUCAAUGCCGACGUCAACUCAAUGGCAGCGAAUUUGUGCAAAAUGCAGAAGAGCGAAACAAACAGAAUUUCUGUGCACAAUGAUCUGGGCGAGCACCAGCAGCAGCAGCAACAGCAGGUGAUAUCUAUUGGACAACAUAUAUACAUGUAUCCGUGA